AAGCAACAGCCGCAAGUACAGAAUCUCCAGCAGCAAAUUCUACUACGGAAGUAACAUCGACAGAAUCUCCAGCAGCAAAUUCUACAGAAAUACCUUCAAAUUCUACAGAAAUACCUUCAAAUUCUACAGAAGCAACAGCUCCGCCAACAGGAUCCACAACCACACCUCCUCCGACAACUCCACCGAAAAAUCCCUGUGACUCAAACCCUUGUCUCGAUGGAAGCACCUGUCAGCCUCUUUUCAAUCAAACCUUUUCGUGCCGUUGUCGACCUGGUGAUUCGUAUGACCCGGACAGUGGCGUUUGCAGCCGAGCCAAAGUUUUCCCUGGGAACUUGAAUAUUAACUCGAUAGUCUUUGUCCCGGAAAUGGAAGAUAAGACAUCGGAACAAUUUCAAUCCACCGCAAAAAAUAUUACUUCUGUGAUGGAUGAGUCAUUUCAACCAACGUUAUCGUACACUGGAUCUGUGGUGCUGGCACUGCGGCGAAUUCAGAAUGAUGGGUCUAGGACAGAAUCAGGAAUCAGUGCGGAAGUAGAGAUCCUCUUCUCAGCAACUUCUGAUGUCACUGCAGAAGACGUUAUUCAGACAGUGAAGAAUAAUGUAACUUGUGAUGACUGUGCACUCAAAGGCAUAUUUGAAAGCAAAGAUCUGUGUGAGUCUAAGCCCUGUGAUGAAAAAAGUUCAACAUGUGUUGGAGGAGGGGGCGGUUUUGUCUGCAGCUGUUUGGAAGGCCACAUUAAAACAAGUCUCACUGACCGGAUGUGCAUUGCAUGUGCCAAUAGUAAGAAAUUCAAUGAAACUCAUUGUGCACCUUGUCCACCGCACUACUCUGGAUUUAACUGCGAGGAUGAUUCUGAGUUUUUGUUGAUUAUCAUUGCCCCUAUCCUUGGAGGACUGUUGCUUAUCACUGUCAUCGUUCUGAUUGUAAAGUCUUGCAAGUCAAAGAAGAGUUCAAAGAGGAGCAAAAAUGAAGAUGUUGUGAAACCUUACGUCAGCCAUUCUCCUGCCAAGGCACCACUGGUGAACGGCAACGUAUCCAAUGGUGCCACACACUCUAUCAAUGGGCAGGCCAAUUUUGGGGCAUCUCGGUUUCCACGGGCCACGGCCACGGCCACCAAUGGAUGGGAAAGCAGAACCAACCUUGAGAUGACUCCAAGCAACAGCCGGCAAAAUCUGAUCCCUGCAGGGCCGAACUCGUAUCAGACUCGACCCCAGACCAACCCCUACGCUCAGUCAGGACCCCAGAGCAGCUCCUAUGGUCAAAACAGGAACCCAUAUGCAGAGACUAGAGGCCACUCCAACCCCUACUUCACGAGCGAUGACGGAAGACGGCUGAAUUAAUGCAGAAUUACUAAAGUUGACCCAACACCAAUGCUUCUCCAGAUCAAAAAUGAAGAUGCCAGACAGCUUAGACCUUUUAAUGUAAGAAAUGUAUUAGCUCAUGGCUGCUUGUGUUCAUACAUGUGCAAUGUCUAGUGUGCAAUAAUAAGUCCAGAAGUCUGAUUUAUAUAAUAUUACUUUAAGUCUGCCCAAUAAUAAGAUUUCAUAAGUCACCCCUGUCUGGCAUUGCUCUAAUUAUUUUCAAUAUAUUGUGUCAUUAAUCAUUACUGUUAUCAGUUUAAUGAAAUAUAAUUGAAUAAUUUGUUUUCAUCAAACUCAAACUGGGAAAUGAUGAUCUUGACAUGCCAAUUUUGUUUUUUUGCUCAACUGUGAAUUUACAAGUAAUUAUUUCACAUGUUGAGUGUUUCAGGUUUGUAAAGAGGUUUUGAUCUCAGUUUUCUGUUGAACUCUUUGUUGAACUUUUGUGAAUGACAUUAACUUUAUCGCUUUUUUCUCUUCAAAUCUGUCAGUUAGUUAAAUAUUUCUUUAAGUGUUAUUAUUUUCAAAUGUUUAUAAAUCACCGUUGUUGAUGUUGUGUUUUAUAUUACUACAUGGAGGUUUUAUUGCUAAGUAUUUUCAUGUCUGACUGAUUUGUAAUUUAACAUAUGAUAUUUUACAAGUUUUUUAAUCUGUUAGUAUUCCUUUGUCACAAAUCUAAUAUUAACACUGAAAUGAAUCGUCAGUUUCAAUAUUUAAAUAAUAAGAUGUUCAAUAAAAUAAUAUUUUAAUAUUUUUUCUUUCCAUUUAUUAAAAAAAACAUAAUGUAAUCGUCUUCAGAGGAAAUUUAAAUCAAAGGGCUAGUUUUGCCAGAGGUCGACGUGGGUUUAAUUGUGAUAAUAGUAUGAUUGGUCUGUCCUCUGCUACCUUCACUUGGAUCCCUCCCAAGAUUUUAGCUUUUUUAAUCAAAUCACUUUAAAGUGUAACAGCUUAUGGAUCUUUUCAGCCAGAACUUAACAGCUAUUACAUCUUUUUUGAAAAGGGAUAUCUAUCGUGACUCAAGGGGGAAAAAAACUUGUCCAUUAAAAACUAUUUUAUCAUAAUUAAUACUUCUGAUGUUAUCAGCAGCUAUUUUGACGUCCAAAAACGGACCCUGGUAUGUCUGAAUAGUACCAUAUAAAAGGUCAGCCACACAAACUGCUGGUGUCACCUCUUAUACUGCCACUGAAGAGUGAAAUAGUUCUGGAAUAAGACAUUAAGCAGACAUCACUAUCCUCAGUAUGUAUGUACCUGUCAUUCGUUCGAAGAUGUUCCACAAUCACAAAAAUUGUGCCCAAAUAUUUUGUGGUAAAUAAAAAGGCUUGUUUUUAAUGUAUUAAAAAUACCUUGAAACAAACACUUUCUAAAGGGAAGUAAAAUGCUUGUAGAAAGCAAAUCAUGUGUAUGAGACCAUGACAUGAAGCCUUGCAACGAAAGAAUCCAAUGUUUACAGAGAAGCAGGACAUUUUGAUCCUUUGGGAAUUAGUUAACUGCUGUUUGUGAACAGCAAGGUGGGAUGUAGAUGUGCGUCUUGUAAAGAUUCUGAGGUUCUCAUGGUAAAAAAGUGGUGAGAUUAUUCCUCUGUGAAAUAUCAUUUUAAUGCCAGAAAACAAUUUAGGUAUUUGUUGUGUUUUGCCAUUUUUCUUCAUACAUUGAUAGUCACUCUUUCGUUUAUGCUGAAAGAACACUGAGCCCUUCCUCUUUCCGCAAAAAGCUAUAAAGCAAUCCAGCAGCAUCACAGUUCCAAUGUCCAGCAUUGUAAAAUCUAAUAAAGAAGUUACCAGA